AGCAAAUGUGAUCAGACAAGCUUACAAAGAAGUUUCCUCAUUCAAAAAAGAUUUCUCAGCCAUCAAAAUUUCCUUUCUCUUCAACCAACAAAAAAAAAAACAUAGCUUUUUGUCUUCCCAAUCUAGAAUUAAAUUAAGAAAGGGAAAGAUCAAGUUUUGUUUCUGCUAAUCUGAGGACGUUCAUCUAUGGAUACGGCUCAAUGGCCACAGGAGAUUGUAGUGAAGCCCUUGGAAGAAAUAGUAACAAACACAUGCCCAAAGCCGCAACCGCCUCAGCCGCAGCAGCCAGCAGCGGUUGGGACGGCUGGUGGAGCUGAUAGGAAGGCAAGGCCAGAAAAGGACCAAGCUAUAAACUGCCCAAGAUGUAACUCAAUCAACACAAAGUUUUGUUACUACAACAAUUAUAGCUUGACGCAGCCAAGAUUCUUCUGCAAAGGUUGUAGAAGGUAUUGGACCGAAGGCGGUUCGCUUAGGAACAUCCCUGUUGGUGGUGGCUCAAGAAAGAACAAGAGAUCUCACUCUACUUCAAUCUCUUCUUCUUCUGAUAUUAGCAACAAUCACUCGGAUACUACACAACCAGCGACAAAGAAGCAUCUCUCUGAUCAUCACCAUCACCACCUCAUGAGCAUGUCUCAACAAGGGUUGACCGGUCAAAACCCUAAAUUCCUUGACACGACUCAACAAGAUCUCAAUUUAGGUUUUCCGUCACAUGGGUUGGUCAGGACCAACUUCACUGACCUCAUCCACAACAUUGGGAGCAACAACAACAACAACAAGAACGCUAUCAAUAACAAUCCAUUGCUUAGUUCUUCAUGUUCUGCCACGUCAGCUAUGGCAACUUCUUCUCUGGAUCUCAUAAGAAACAGUAAUAACAAUGGGAAUUCUUUAAAUUCUUCAUUCAUGGGAUUUCCAGUUCAUAAUCAAGAUCCAACAUCUGGAGGGUUUUCAAUGCAAGAUCAUUACAAGCCUUGCAACACAAACACAACACUCCUAGGGUUUUCAUUAGAUCAUCAUCAUAAUAAUGAAUUCCAUGGAGGAUUUCAAGGAAGAGAAGGAGGAGAAGGUGGUGAUGCUGUGAAUGGAAGACACUUGUUUCCAUUUGAGGAUUUGAAAUUGCCAGUUUCUUCUUCAUCAGCAACAAUUAAUGUCGACAUUAAUGAUCAUCAGAAGCGAGCAAGUGGUGGUGAUGCAGCUGCUUCUUCUCCUGGGUAUUGGACAGGGAUGUUGAGUGGAGGAUCAUGGUGCUAACUUUUCUCAGUUUGAUGAUGAAGAUAGUACUAUCAUUAAUGGUUAAUUAUUGCUAUUUAUUUAUUUAAUUAAUCAAUCGGUCCUAAAAUUCACUUUCAAUGUUCUUAUUGGUGGGUUUUUGUGUGUUUUAAUUUUGGGGUUUAUUUGGAUUU